AAAAAAGCGAGGGUGGGCGGGCCGUUGGCCGAGAGGCGGUGGAGCGGGAAGCCCCGCCCCGCGCGCCCGGGCUGUAGUCUGUGCUAGGUUGCUUGUAUUUCCCCGAUCGCAGCUCGAAGUCACAGCAUCCGGCGGCUCGCAGCGGCGGGACAUCGCGGAGCUUCGGACUAGUGACUUCCACGCAAGACAGGCGACGCUGCCGGGAGACCAUGGCCGGGAAAAGAGUGGCGGUGAUUGGGGCGGGAGCGAGCGGGCUGGCUUGCAUCAAGUGCUGCCUGGAAGAGGGCUUGGAGCCCGUCUGCUUCGAAAGGACCGACGACAUCGGAGGUCUGUGGAGGUUCCAGGAAAGUCCCGACGAAGGAAGGGCCAGUAUCUACAAAUCCGUGAUCAUCAACACCUCCAAGGAGAUGAUGUGCUUCAGUGACUACCCCAUCCCGGAUCAUUUUCCUAACUUCAUGCACAACUCCCAGGUCCUGGAGUACUUCAGGAUGUACGCCAAAGAAUUUGGUCUUCUGAAGUAUAUUCAGUUUAAGACCACUGUGUGCAGUGUGAAGAAGCGGCCUGAUUUCUCCACGUCGGGCCAAUGGGAAGUGCUGACUGAGUGCGAAGGGAAAAAGGAGAGUGCUGUCUUCGAUGGGGUCCUGGUUUGCACCGGCCAUCACACCAGUGCUCACCUGCCACUGGAAAGCUUCCCUGGGAUUGAGAAGUUCAAAGGGCAGUACUUGCACAGUCGAGACUAUAAGAACCCAGAGAAAUUCACUGGAAAGAGAGUCAUUGUCAUUGGCAUUGGGAAUUCUGGAGGGGACCUGGCUGUGGAGAUCAGCCACACAGCCAAGCAGGUCUUCCUCAGCACCAGGAGAGGGGCUUGGAUCAUGAAUCGUGUCGGCGACCAUGGAUAUCCUAUUGAUAUACUGCUGUCUUCUCGAUUUAGUCAAUUUUUGAAGAAGAUUACUGGUGAAACAAUAGCAAAUUCAUUUUUGGAAAGAAAGAUGAACCAAAGGUUUGACCAUGCAAUGUUUGGUCUGAAGCCUAAACACAGAGCUUUGAGUCAACACCCAACAGUAAAUGAUGACCUGCCAAAUCGUAUCAUUUCUGGCUCUGUCAAGAUCAAAGGAAAUGUGAAGGAAUUCACAGAAACAGCUGCCAUAUUUGAAGAUGGCUCCAGGGAGGAUGACAUUGAUGCUGUUAUUUUUGCCACAGGCUAUAGCUUUUCCUUUCCUUUUCUUGAAGACUCUGUCAAAGUGGUGAAAAACAAGGUAUCUCUGUAUAAAAAGGUCUUCCCCCCUAACCUGGAAAAGCCAACUCUUGCAAUCAUAGGCUUGAUCCAGCCCCUGGGAGCCAUUAUGCCCAUUUCAGAGCUCCAAGCACGAUGGGCCACCCUAGUGUUUAAAGGGCUAAAGACUUUACCCUCACAAAGUGAAAUGAUGACAGAAAUAUCUCAGGUUCAAGAGAAAAUGGCAAAAAGGUAUGUGGAGAGCCAACGCCAUACCAUUCAGGGAGACUACAUAGAGACCAUGGAAGAAAUUGCUGAUUUGGUGGGGGUCAGGCCAAAUUUGCUGUCUCUGGCUUUCACCGACCCCAGGCUGGCAUUACAAUUACUUUUGGGACCCUGUACUCCAGUCCAUUAUCGUCUCCAGGGCCGUGGAAAGUGGGAUGGGGCUCGGAAAACCAUCCUUACCGUAGAAGAUCGGAUCAGGAAGCCUCUGAUGACGAGAGUCACGGAAAGCAGUAACUCUGUGACCUCGAUGAUGUCAAUGGGCAAGUUUAUGCUAGCUAUUGCUUUCUUAGCCAUAGCUGUGGUUUAUUUUUAGCUGUCCCUUUGUCAUUGCCUCUGCUUUCAUUGGGAAGCUUAACUUAGAGAGAGAUACCUUCAGAAUUUUACAAGAUCAAAUGACCCUCCUCUUUCAAAUUGCCCCAUUUCUCUUUCAAAAGCAUUAAUUCUCUCUUCAUUUUCCUACAAUGAGAUCCAAGCUUUUCAUUUGCACUAAUCAUCUCCUCACCUCUCAUGAGCCUUCACUUUCUCUCUCCAGAGCAGCUCGGGUACUCUUAGUCAUCUUUGUAUGUCCCUAGAAGAGUAGUUGACAUUUGGCAGGUGUUUAACCAAUGUUUGGUGUUGUGGCUCAAAGUCUGUUUUUGUAUGGGAAAUGACUGACUGUAUAACUCUGCUUGGGAUGGAAUUUGGUUUUCCAUUAUUUUUGUCUUUAACAUUAUAACAAAUGUAUGUUUCCUGAGAAAUAAGAUUAAUAAUGACCUUCGUAAUUGUAGACAAAUAAAUACUUAAGUUACUUUGUUCUACAUGCCAUUUACUAGUGUGCCUGAUGCAGGUCAUUUUUACUCCUUUGCCCAAAGCAACAUGUCUAUAUCUCAGUAAGGAAACUACCUUCAACUUUCUAGGUUCACAAGCCAUUCUAUUAAUGCAGCAUCUGCCAAUGGUUUGAACUUGGUUGAGAAAUUUGAGAUUUGUUUUAAGUAGCUGUCUGUCUUUUCUGAUCUCUUAGUUCCCAUAUGAGGACCUAACAAGACUUUAUCUUGGGACACACGAGAAGUAGCUGCUGUUGUAGCAUGGUCUACAAAUGUGAUUUUAUUUGUCUCCCCCAGCUCCAACUUCCUCCCCUCCUUCCCCAUAGCAUCCAGGUAACAAGCAUCAGACGAGGUCACUCAUGCGUGGAAUCAGAUUUGCUAUUAACUGAACGUGGAAGUGGUGUGCUUAGGCCAGCCCGUGCAGUUCUGAGAAACAGAGCGAAUGAAGCGGAGAGGAGGGACUUGGCUUUACCUUCCUGCACUGCUGCUGACUGUGGCUUCUCAUCUGCAGAGGAUCUGUUCCGUUCUUGCUUCAGGGAGAUGAUCAUUAAAUGUCAGCUCUCGGGCACACUGAGGUCCACGAGGAACAGGACUAGAGAACCAGGCAGGUGUUUAUCCACAAAUAGCUGCUGGGCAAUAUAGUCCUAAGUGUUUGGAUUGCUGCCUGUCACCUAACAACAGGAUACAUUUUAGUAACUGAAAGAACAACAUUAGAAAUUAUCAUCUUUCCUAAUACAAAUACAUGUAAUACAGGAAUAUGACAACUUCUUCCUAAUGUCCUAACUAUCUGGACAGUUGCCUGCCACUUCCCCUAUUUUACCUUGCCAAUGCCACUUGAUAAUGAGAAAAGUGAGAGCUGCUAUCACCUCUUAGGCCUUCAUCCUUCCUCAUCUCUGUGAUACUGGAUAUCUAUAAUCUAAUGAAAUAGAUCUAGCGUUUUUUUUUUUUAAAUCUACAGAUUGCUCUAACUCAAAAGUAAACAGAAGGUCUCUUCUUUUUUAAUUUCCUUCUUUUAACACAUAAAUUUGACACUCUUUAAGCAUGUAGAUAAAUUCAGUGACACUCUCAUUCCACUUACAAUAUGUAAGGUUACAAGAAAAUUCCUGUAGGAUGUGAAUAGGAAAUUGAAUUCAAAUCAACUCAAGAUACUGAGGCCUAGUUACUGAGGAAGGAGUACUAAUCUAUACAAAUGAAUGUGUACUAAUACUUAUUGACAUUCCUGUUCCUGUGCUUAUGUUAAAAGGCUUUAUCAUUUUCCCAAUUAUAUCUUGUAAACUGACUACUAUAUAUAUAUAUAUAUAUUCUUGUAGUGCCAAAGUGUAAGGAUUACUCAAAAAGCAAACUCAAUGGCUUAUGUCAAAGGGGCACAAGAGCCAUCUGAAUGUGGUCCCACCUGUCAAAGCUGGAAUAAUUUGAGCCAUAAAAUAACCUAGUAUUAAAAAAACUGAUACAUGCAUUAUGUAAGUCUAAGAAAAGAGAAUGAAAUUUAAACAACGAUGGAGAGUGAGCAUUUGGAGUAGUGAUUAAGAUUCUGCUUAGCAUGCUCACAUCCUGGAUCAGAGUGCCAGGGUUCAGGUCCAAGCCUACUCUUGAUUUCAGCUUCUUUUUUUUAUUUUUUAUUUUUAUUUUUGACAGGCAGAGUUAGACAGAGAGAGAGAGAGAGACAGAGAAAAAGGUCUUCAUUUUCCAUUGGUUCACCCUCCAAUGGCCGCUACAGCCAGCUCACUGCGCCGAUCUGAAGCCAGGAGCCAGGUGCUUCCUCCUGGUCUCCCAUGCAGGUGCAGGGCCCAAGGACCUUGGCCAUCCUCCACUGCACUCCCGGGCCACAGCAGAGAGCUGGACUGGAAGAGGAGCAACUGGUGCCCCAACCAGGAUUAGAACCCGGGGUGCCGGCGCCGCAGGUGGAGGAUUAGCCUAGUAAGCCAAGGCGCCGGCCUGAUUUCAGCUUCUUAAUGCGUACCCCGGGAGGUAGCAGGCGAUAGUUCAAUAUUGAGAUCUAUGCGGGAGCUCACAUUAAGUUCUUGUCUCCUGGCUUUGGUCUGGCACAGUUCCAGAAGUUGCAAAUAUUUGCGGGUGAACAAGCAGAUGGGAGAUCUCUGUCUCUGCUUCUCAAAUAAACUUAAAAUAAACUUUUUUUUU